AUUUCCACGCGGAAGCCAUGUCCCUCGCAAGCCACGCAGCUUCUGUGGUAAGAUCAUCAACACGCAGGCGGACACUCAUAGCAGCCGCCCAUCGCACACAACGGCCACUUUACAGGCUAGCCUUUCUAUUACCAGCAAGAACUUAUGCCUCCACUGUAACUGCAAGGCUUGACGCGGAUCCGGUACCGGUCAUCGCAGCCUCGAAGAGAGCAACGCCGGUAGAGGGAGCCACAACCAUUCUUCCUGUACUUCAGGAGCUCAUUGUCCUGUUGGAAAACGAAAUUGGAGGAGAUGGCUCAUGGGCGAAGAGAGUCAGGAGGUCCAUGGAGGAUUUGGCUGUCAAGCGCAGGGGAAGAAUAGCAGUGGUUGGCGAUACCGCUGCUGCUCCCCGAGAUGUUGUCUCAGCUCUCCUUCAAGAUCCUCUGGCAGACUCGGCCACCACCAGACAAGCACUCGUCAGCAGACAUCAGGAUGCAAACAUUGAUGUUUUUGAAAUCAGUCAAGGUGAGCGACUCAACCGCGAACCGCAGUCAUUGUCUCUGUCCUCUUCAUGGCUUCAAGCUACGGGGUACGAUGUUGUCGAAGUCAAUAUUCGAAACCUUGAGACGGAACCGGUCAUUUCAACUCUUCUCUCGACUGAUGCGCUGAUUGUUGUCCUUGAUCCGAUCCGACUCACAUCUACUCCUCAACUCUCGCCCAUCCUGCCUCAUCUUCUCGCUCGUUCCCCCAUCCACUUUGUCGUGAAUGGACAUUUACCUUCUGGUGUUUCACAAUCUUCCAUCGAACACACACUGCGCGAGCAAUUGAAACAGAUCACAAUUGAGCCUUUAGAUGACGUCCACUAUGAUCCAGCAGCCCUCAAGGUUUCCUUCGUUCAAGCUGAAAAGGCACUAAUGGCUCUUGAGGCUCUUUCCGGCGGACUGAGCAAGGCUGCGUCAUCGGAAACAAAGGCUGAAGCUUUUGAAGUAUUCCAGCGCGAGUUUAUUCAGUCUCACGUAGGCCCUUUGCAAUCAACCCUUCAUCAAACCUUGUCCAACCGCGCCUCGCCGCAGCUCUCAACAGCUAAACAGGUCGCGAGCCUCGCUCUUAUGCACAUUUCCAACGUUAUCCUUUCUGACAGGGACGUUGCGCGUGCUGCAAGCCAUACCGUUUCUAAACUUCGUCGUGCCGCUCAUGAAGGUGCAGCCAAAGCCAAGCACAUGAGUGUCGCGACAAGAGGAGUGGACGGUGCUUUGGUGGAAGGCGAAGUCAAAUAUGAAAUGGAAAAGAUCAAACGUCAAAUUGAGACUAGUUUCCAAGGGAGGCUGAGUUGGUUGGGGCUCUUGGGUAGAUUGAGGGUAGAUGAUGUUGCGUUGGAAUUGGGAGGAUUUGUCGGUAGCCGAUUUGCUGUUGAUCUGGAACGACAGAUGGUCUUUGAAUCCGGUCAAUUAUCACACCUCCAAUCUUCCCUGUCGUCGUCUUCCGACCAGAUUAUCCGCCAACUAUCACAUACCAGCACUUCACCGACUCAAUCCUUCCCGCACCCUCAUCCAUUCACUUCCCCUCUGCUUGCCAAUCACCUCUCCACGCUCUCACUCUCCAUCCCACCUUUAACACCCACCACUCUCCUUUCACCCAUACUCACCCGACGAAACCAACUUGUUACCCAGUCUAUCCCGCGUUUGCAGCUUUCAGCCCAAAGGGCCCUGCUGACGACUUAUUCAACGGCGUUAUUAGGUGCUAGCUUGAGCUGGGCUGCGUAUGUGCCCCCGAUAGAAAUCCUUUCGGCCGGAACAGCUGGUGGUCUCGGGCUGCUGAGUAUUGUCGGAUCUUUGGCACUGGGCCAGAAAUUUUGGGCGGGGGCACAGAGAAAGUUCUGGAGGGACUGGAAUAGGGUGACUGGGAUGUUGAAGGGCGAUUUGGAAACUCGUUUGGACACCGUCCUUCAAACGCAAGUACUUGCAAAACCCCUAGCAGCUUCUGAAGGGCUCGAAAAGUUGAUUGAGAAACGAGAGCAAAGGCUGGACGCCUUGCAAAAUGACGUUGACAAGUUGAAAAGUAGAUUAUAAUGAUGGACAAUAAUAGAGGGCUAGAAGCAAAACAAAAACUUAUUCUAUGCAGCAAAUGCAU